UUGCAAUAUUAAUAUUCAUGAACCAUGGUGUGGUCAACGUUUCUUGGGAGACUAUAUAAAAUGCUUUUGAUCUCUUACUUUCAUUUUCACAACUGUCUGUAAAAACUGUGGUGGUCGAGGACUGUUUGGAAAAGGUCAGGAAGCUGGUGUUUGGAAAAUGGGAAGCAGGAACAGUACCCCAGUGACAGUGGAGGAAAAACCAGAGCUCCUUGAUAAACCAUGGAGGGAUGUUGUGUGGGACCACAGCACACGAACCGAUCUCAAGCAGUUUCUGCAUGAUUACAAGCCCACUAUUGAUUCAAUGCCUCAGGCUCGGAUUCUUCUAAUUGGUCAGAUUAAAGCUGGAAAAUCGAGCUUCUUCAACUCCAUCAAUUCUAUCUUCCAUGGCAACAUUACAAGCCAAGCUGGAGCAGGAGCAAUGAAAUCCAGCCUGACCUUGAAGUAUCGCACUUACCAGGUGAAGGCAGGUCGAGGUGGACAGCCAAUGGGAUUCCUACUGUGUGACACCAUGGGAUUGCAUGCAACUGAGGAUGGAGGGGUGAGAACUGAAGAUAUAAUAAGCAUCCUGCAGGGCUACGUACCAGACAAGUACCAGUUCAACCCUGUGCAGCCAAUGAAAGCUGAUUGCUGUCAGGCAUGCAGCACGUUGACUCUUAAGGACAGGAUCCACUGUGUGGUGUAUGUGAUAGACGCCUCCACAAUUGCAAUUCUGGACAAAGGAAUGAAGAAUAAAAUUGAUGAAAUCAGAAAGAGAACUAUCUUGGAAGAUGUGCCUAUAAUGGUGCUAAUGACCAAAGUGGACAAAGCGUGCGCACAUGUGGAAAAAGAUUUGAAGAACAUCUACCGCAGCGGCUACAUAAAGGAUAUGAUCUACAGAGCUAGCGAGUGUCUGGGCAUCCCACCGUCAAAUGUGAUUCCCGUGAAGAAUUACUUUGAUGAGAGUGAGCUGAAUGACGCCUGUGACAUCCUGCUCCUCAAGGCCAUGAAACAGAUGCUGGACUUUGCUGACAAUUACUUGGAAAACUGUGAGGAAAACACAGAGUAGAUGAAUAGAUCAUAUUGAGGGGUUGUGCCAUUGCCUUUCUCUGUCCGUGUCUUUGUGUUCUACACCACACGUUAGGUCCCUGUAAACCUGCAUUAGGCUGUUUCUGUACAUUUCCUGACACACAAACCUUUUCAUAACCUGAAUUUAUAAUUGUCUUUUCAUGUGAGUAUGAAUGAUGCUUAAAUACAAUCCAAUAUAUAAUAUAAUAAAAUACACACUGCACUACAUGCUAUGUAAAUAAAAUGACCUGAUGAUUCCAGCAUUGGUCACUGCCUGUCUCAGUCUUAACCAUAAUUUGGCUCAGUGUUCUGUGUCUAUAUUUUUCCAAAGUGUCAAUUUCAUUACUAGAUUAUAGGUUUCAAUCUGGCUUGUGUACGCCAACUAUUAUUCGGUAAUUUUCUGAGAUAGUCUAUUACUUACUUAUUGAUUUAAUUGCCAUAAAUAUACAUAAUGGGCAUGUUAGUUUGACUUAUGUAAACCAAAAAAUAAAAUAUAUAAUAUGGUGA